UAUACUAUAUAAUAGCUAUUAUUUUAUUGUAUUGGUGUCCUUAUUGUAUAGCCAGUCUCAAUCGUCAUUCUUCGUCCAUCGGCGAAGGACCUCGAGAAAACAAUUUUACCGCCCAUUUGGCAGUUUAUUUUGUCGUGUCACCGAGUCGACCAUUUCCCAGUGAAUUGUAAGAGUACAGUGUUGUACCUUUGUACACUACUACAGUACUACACCAGCCAGUACCAGUGUAGUAAUUGCUCGUGCCUCGUCGUCGAUCUAAUACAGAGAACCAGAACGUUUAUAAGGUACCUACGGUUAAUAUCAAAAUCAGCAAUCGUCGGUACCUUUAAGUCAUCGCACAUAUUUAUAAGUUUACAAAACAAAAUGCAGCCGGUAAAAAUAAAAAAUAUAAAUAAAUCUUAUAUGAAAAAGCCGUUCGUUGUAAAAGGAAGAGUUAAGUUUAUCAACGUAGAACCUAAUAGAAAUUCAAGUGGAUCUCAUCUCAAUGCAAUAAUUUUUGAUAACAUUUCAGAGAUAGAAGUUGUAGCUUUUAAAAACUGUGAAAAUAUUGCUAAGCUACUACCAAAGGAUAGUGUUGUAACUAUUGGAAAUGGUACAUUAAGAGAAGUUAAUAAAGAUUACAAAAAAACCAAGCACAAGUAUCAAAUAAUAUUGGAGAGUAAUGAUCCAAAAGUACAAAUCGUAAAUAAUGAUGAGGUAAAUAUUAGUGACUUUCCACUCCGUAAAUACACUUCAGGCGCAGAUUUAAAAACUCUAACAACAGGAAUGAUAAUUGAUGUCAUUGGUGUCUGUACCCAAAUCGAUAAUGAAAAGACGGUUAAUGGUCAACAGCAGAUAAUCAGAAGAGGAAAUAUUUUGGUUGAUUCUAUACCAAUUGAAGUUAAGUUUUACGGUGACAAAGUUGAUGGACUCUACAAUGUAGGUAGCACAUUGUUCUUGAAUAGUGUCAAAUAUAUUAAUUACAAUGGAUUUAUAUAUUUAUCUGUUGGGAAUUCAAGUUCUGUCCAAUUUAAUACACAACAGCUAUUAAAUAGUAUGGACACAAAACAGUUACAACAAUUGGAAACAGUUAAGAAAUUUUGCCAAGAUUCAACAAUUAAAUUACCAGAUCAAAAACUUUCGAACUCAAGUAUUACCCAAUCUAACAAUAAUUCAACAAUUGAAUUACCAGAACAAAGACUUUCGACAUCAAGUGUUACCCAAUCUUACAGAAAUUUGGUGGAUGAAUCAACUGACGAAAGACCUUCGACUUCAGGCUCAACCCCGUCCAACAAGAGAAAAACUCAUGAUUUCCAAGUCGAAGAAGUUACCUCGAAAAUUAAAAAAAAAACCGAGCUUGAUAAGACAUUUUCUGACGAGAGAUUUGUUAAUUUGGUGAUGAAUUUCAUGGAAAGAGUCGACAAUAAUAACAAGCAUGCUGUGCAAUUGCGCAUUUUAGAAUUUAUCUCAAACUUGCUCAAAGAAGAUUUAUAAAAUGAUAAUUUUAAAUUAUAUCUUUAACAGUGGUUUAUGAAAUAAACAUUUGUAAUUUUA